AUGCGGUGCCCAAUCCCGCAACUUGUCCUGCACUCGUCUGGCUGCUGCAACACCUAUCUGCACUGGGGCCACACGUCUAAGCCCACACCCUCGCCCUAUCCCCCCCCUCCAUACCCUCCCCUCCUAACCCAUGCGCUCCCGCCGUCAUGUCCCCCGCCACCUCCUCUCUCCCUCUCUCCCCGAACCAGCCCGCACCCAAAGGCUGGGUCGCCCCCUGAACCCGGAGCCCGACCUGCCCUUGCUGGCCAUCCCGCUGUUGCCCCUGCUGUCCCCUCUCCUCUACCCCACUCGCCGGCCUCUCUUGCCCCUGCUAAACCUCCUGUUGCUGGCUGCGCUGUCCUCUCUCCUCUCCCCCACCAACCUGCCCCUCCUGCCAUUGCUGGCCAUGCUCCUAGCCCCACUGACACUCCUGCUAUCGCCCCUGUCGACCUUCCUGCUGCUGCCCCUGCUGACCCACUUACUGCUGUUCUCGCUGUCCUCUCUCCUCUCCCAUACUGGCCUGCCCCUCCUGCCCCUGUUGGCCCUCCUGCUGUCGUCGCUACUGUUGCUGUCUCCUCUCCUCCUCCUAGCCAGCUUGCCUUUGCUGACCCACAUGCCGCUCCCCAUGCUGACCCUCCUGCUACCGCCCCUGUUGACCCUGCUGACCUUCCUGGUGUUGCUGCUGUUGCCCUCUCUCCUCUCCCCUACAAACCUGCUGCCGCUGCCCCUGUUGGCCCUACUGUUGCUGCUGCUGCCGCUGCUGCUGUUGUUGUUGCUGCUGCUGCUACUGCUGUUGUUGUUGUCCACUCUCCUCUCCCCCACUAG